UGUGGAGUGAGUAAGUCAGUGUGGAUUUGCUGCUGGAACUGAACUGAAAUGGAUCACUCCCUUUUCGGCUGCCUGCGGAACCCCCACGCUCCGGCCCAAGCCCUCCACCCGGCCUUUGCCCAGCCCUCCGCCCUGGCCUUGCACGGCCGCUCCGACCACGUCUCCUACCCGGACCUGCCCGGACCCUCUCCGCCCUGCAGUUAUCCAGGAGAAGAGGGUGGCUUCAGUGGCCCUCAUGCCCCUCGAGGUCACCCAGCCCAGCAGCUUCACCAGCAUCAUCCCCAGCAUCAGCCCUCAGCCUGGCACAUUCAGCAGAUGCCCUCACCCGGCGGCGGCCGCCACAGUAUCUGCCUCCCCCCACACCCCGACACCCCGGCCCCUGAGCUGUGCGGCUCUGCAGGGACGGGCGGUCAAGGCCUGUGCACAACGAACCCUGUGCUGAGCAACAGUGACCCCGCUGGGGCAGCCUGCAUUUCCGGGGACUAUGGGCGGCAAACCAUGUCACCCGUAGAAGCAGACAGAAGGAAUAGCAAAGGGAAGAGUGAUAGCUCGGAUUCCCAGGACGGGAGCUAUAAGUCAGACGUGAACAGUAAGCCCAGGAAGGAGCGCACAGCGUUCACCAAGGAGCAGAUCCGGGAACUGGAGUCCGAGUUUGCCCACCACAACUAUCUGACACGGCUGAGACGCUACGAAAUCGCCGUCAACCUUGACCUCACCGAGAGACAAGUGAAGGUGUGGUUCCAGAACAGACGGAUGAAGUGGAAGCGAGUGAAAGGAGGGCAGCAGGGAGCCGCAGCGCGAGAGAAAGAACUGGUCAACGUCAAAAAAGGGACGCUCUUGCCGGCGGAGUUCGCGGGCAUGGUUGGACUGCACCACUCCUCCGUCGGCUCCCCGGGCAACGAGGACGACAGUCACGACAGUGACCAGAGCUCCGAGCACGCUCACUUAUGACCUUCUGGAAAAACUUCCAACCCGAACCCUGCAGUUUUCCUCAGGAAUCAUCAUGCUUAGUACACUAGGGCCCUUAAAACCUAGUCCAGGGCCAGAUGUUAAGAUCUCUUACGAUUUGUUCUGUUAAGCAGAUGGUGAGAAGGAGCUCGGUCUCUGCAACAUCUCAGCUUAAAGAUUUCACUAAAGUAAAGUGUCGAGACUGGAAAACUGGAUAAAGACAAAAGAUUGCGACGUGCUUUCACUCCUGAGCUGUAGCUCUGAAUUUGAAUUGUGGGAUUUUGUAAAUAAAAUGAGGGAAGGAUGUUGAGAACAUUCCACUAAAGUGCCUUGGGAAGAAAAUUUGCACUGUUUUUAAUUAUUGUCCUGAUUCAUAGCUACUGUAUUUACCCAAAUUUUAUCAUUUGUACCAUUCAACAAAAACAGCAUUAAGGAUGCAACAUUUUACCUGUUGAGAACCGAAGAAAUGUUUAUUAACUGUCUGAAUGCUGGUGGUUGGUAAAGUUCCCCUGCUCUUUAAUGUAUUUCUAUAUAUUGCACUCUUCACACCCUUUUAUAAUUCAGUUAAUAUUAUUUGGAAACAAUUAGGUUUAGCAUAUCAUGUGCUAUCCCACAGGGUUCUAUUUUGGGGGCUAUAAAACUGAUGUCAAUUAUAACAGUAAUGUUGUUGUGACAGUUAUGAGAGUGACAAAGUGCUUUGUGGGCUUUAAAAAAGCUCUAAAGGGAAGAUAAUAUUGCAUCAGAAUUAGGUUUGGAUAUUUAGUAAAAAUAAUAUUAUUUCAACAAAUGCCCCAUUAUUACCCAAACAAAUCAGAUAAUGAGUGAGAAGCAUUUCUACAAUAGGCUGACAUUUCUCAAUUGCAAUACUAAAUGCCCAACAACAUGAGAAAUGGUAAAACAAGAUGAAAAAAAAAACAGUAUGAGAACACAUAACACAGUUUGAGUGAUGGUGAAAAUGAACACAGUGGAUUUUAUACCAACCUUUCUAUUUAUCGAUUCCCUUAGAAAUGUAGUUCAUUCUUCUUCUUUUCAAUCUUUUAUGUUUACCUUUUGAAUAAACAGGUAUUGCAGCUCUGACUGUUUCUGUCGUGCCAAUGACAAUAAUAAAUUUACCACAGAGUCGUUAAAAAAUAAAACUUGAAUUUUC